AUGCAUCCGUUCAACGGGUCAGACCAGUCGUACUACCCGUACGGCUACUCGGCCGCCACGGCCAACGUCUCGCACCACUUGUCCAGCAACAACCUCUACACCUCAUCGCCCGGCGCCGGCUCUACACCGCCCGUACCCGGCGGUCACUCGCCGGGCAUAUCGCGCUAUACUAUGCUGAAGGGUAUCGGGUACUCACCCUACGGCCCACCCGUGCAGUACCAGAGCGGGCUGACCGGUGGAGUGCCGGGCAGUUCGCUGCUGUCAGCCGGUAAAGAGAUGGUCAAACCUCCCUACUCUUACAUAGCGUUGAUUACGAUGGCCAUCAACGGGUCGCCCGACAAGAAGGUGACCCUCAAUGGUAUCUAUCAGUUCAUAAUGGAUAAGUUCCCGUUUUAUCGCGAGAAUAAGCAAGGUUGGCAGAAUAGUAUCAGGCACAACUUGUCGCUGAACGAGUGCUUCAUCAAAGUGGCCCGGGAUGAUAAGAAACCGGGUAAGGGUAGCUACUGGACACUGGAUCCCGACUCGGUCAACAUGUUCGACAACGGGAGUUACCUGAGGCGGCGCCGGCGGUUCAAGAAAAAGGAUGCCAUUAAGGAUAAGGACGUCACCGAUCCCUGUGCUCAGUCGGUAGGCGCCGCGAAGGACAGGCGC